GUAACAGUUGUUCUGGGAAAAUGUGGCAUUAUUUUCCCAGAAUCUUGAAACGUUAAUUCAAAAAAUGGUUGUGAUAUAAUUAAAGUUUAUGAUUCUUAAUUAUAUUUUUGAAUGUAUUUGAUUUGGAUUCAAUUUCAUUUAAAAAGAUAAACAGACAAAAAAAAAAUUUAUAAUAAAAAGCAAUACAAAAGUAAAGAAGUUAUUUGGAUUUAAAUACUGUAUGAUGAAAACUGUUGAAGACUUGAAAAAGCGUCUUCUGAAGAUCUUUGAUAAAAAUGGAUGUAGUUUAAAGUUCUCAACAAUUAACGAUGAAUAUAAUUUAAAAUGGCAUGAAUCACUAAACGAUACUUGGAAAAAAAUUACAAAUACAAAAGAAAAGCAGAAUUUUCAAAAGCUUGUUGUUACUAUAUUGGGUAACGAUGCAAAGAUUAUUGGGAAUAUGGUUCAUAUAUCCAAGAAUUUAUCAAAAAUGAGAAAAACAUCAGAAUCUGUAUUAGAAUCAUUAAAUUUUACUAACUCUGCUACUUCUUUGACUAACAGUAAUUCUAACAAUUGUAUGAUUUCUUCAGAAAAAUCUGCCAAAACAUUAAAAGAUAAUUUUUCUUCUGCAAGUAAACCUGAUACUUUUUCACCAUCCAAUAUUAGCAUAAAAAGUGUUGAAAAUGAUAAUGUUCAAAGUAAUUCAAUUAAACCAGAUGAAACUUUUGUAAAAAACACAAGCAAUUAUAAUAAUGGCAAUAGACGUUGCAGUAUAAUAACUAUUGGAGAUAUAAAAAAGCGUCUUUUAGAGAUCUUCGAAGAAUAUGGAUGUAAAUUAAAGUUCUCAAUAAUUAAUGAUGAAUAUAUAUUCAGAUGGCAUGAAUCAUUAGCUGAUUCAUGGAGAAAACUUACGAAUACAAAAGAAAAGCAAAAUUUUCAAAACCUUGUUAUAAGUAUAUUGGGUAGUGAAGCAAAAAUAGUUGGAAAUGAGGUUCAUAUAUCCAACAGUUUAUUUAAAAAGAUAAUAAAGUCAGAGACUGUUUCGGAAUUGUUGAGUUUUUCUAACUCUGUUUCUUCUUUGACUAACAUUAGUAAUUCUAACACCUGUAUGAUUUCUUCAGAAAAAUCUGCAAAAUCAUUUAAUGAUAAUUUUUCUUCUGCAAGUAAACCUGACACUUUUUCACCAUCCAAUAUUAGCAUAAAAAGUAUGGAAAAUGAUAAUGUUAAAAGUAAUUCAAUUAAACCAGAUGAAACUUCUGAAAAAAACACAAGCAAGCAUAAUAAUAAUGGCAAUAAGCGUUGCAGUGUAAUAACUAUUUUAGACUUAAAAAAACGUCUUUUGCAGAUCUUUGAAGAAAAUGGGUAUAAUUUAAAGUUCUCAAUGAUUAACAAUGAAUAUAGUAUCAGAUGGCGCGAAUCACUAAAUGAUUCAUGGAAAAAAAUUGCAAAUACAAAUGAGAAGCAAUCUUUUCAAAAGCUUGUUAUAAACAUAUUGGGUAAUGAUGCAAAUAUUAUUGGAAAUGAGGUUCAUAUAUCCAACAGUUUGUCAAAAAAGAAAAUGACAUCAGAUUCAGUUUUAGAACCAUUAGAUUUCCAUAAUUCUGUGACAUGUUUAACUUCUGUCAAUAAUUCAACCAUAACUUCUAACAUACAAAGUUGUGAAAAAAAUGACAUGUCAAGUUUAAUGGAAGUUUUAUUGGAAAGGCAAAGAUUAGAGUUAUUUAAAGAUGCAAAUAAGUCUGUUGGAUAUACGGUCAAAAAAACUGAAAUGUUUUCAAAAAUCGAUUUUCCACCGUUAAGUACAUCUAGCACUGUGACUUCUGCAACUUUAGGCAGUAUUUCUGAAGCAAAUUUAAUGUAUGUUACAUCUGUAUCAAACAAUUGUUUAACUUCUACUUGUAAAUUUGAAACUUUAACAACUUCUUCCUCAAAAUCUUGUACAACUUCUAGUUGUGUAGUAUCUGCCAAUUGUGAAACUUCUGCUGUAUCUUCCACUAAGUCUAUCAGUUUAUCAAAUGGUAAUAAUUCGAUUGAAAAGAAUAAACAAAUUAAUAUGUCUUCAGAACAAGAUAUGAGUAAAAAUAAAUCUUCUGAAAUGGAUCUUAGCAAAUGUGAAUCUACUGAACAGAGUACAAAUACACUUCUUGAUUCUGACUCUUCUAGGCUGUGUAACAAUUUUCAAAAAGUACAUAUAGCCUACUGUAAAGUGCGUAUUGCUGCUUUAUUUUACUUUCACAAAAAAAAAAAAUUAAAAGUUGAAGAGUUAAAAUUAUUUUUUAAAGAAAUGUUUGGAGAAAAUUUUUUUAAGGAUAAUGUUUUAAAGUAUUUUGUUUUAAAAGCAAAUUCUAAUAUACAGCUCUCAGAGCUCUUUAUUCAACAAUUUUGUGGUGAUUUUUUAAAUUUAUCUAAAAAAGCUAGUACAUUAACUGUUGAAGUUAUAAAAACCAAGGAUGUUAGUUUUCUAUAUAUAACCUUAAUGAAUGAGUUGAUAGGCUUACUUGAAAAACUGGAUCUUCCUUAUAAUUAUCCAAUGCUAACAGAAUUGAAUUUGCUAGGAAAUGUUACAAGAGAUGUAGAUGUUUAUCGAGUUGGUGAUAGGAAUGGUUGCUUCCAUUCUAUGCUCUCUUUUGGUGUACCACAUUCCAGAGUUUUGUCUGGUAGAGAAAGACCAACUUUAGAUGAAAUCAAUCAAAAGGUCUCACAAAUUCGAAAUAAGAUUUGCAGAAGAAAUGAAGUUGUCAAAGUUCCUGAAAUUGUAAAAGAACUUUGUGUUUUUUAUAAUGUUUCCUGUGUUGCAGAUUUAUGUCCAUUUGAAAGCAAAAAAAUAAGACAAGAAACUGAUAUUACUGCUAUAAAUGAUAUUAUUAGAUUACAAGGAAAGAUAAAUGCUUUCAUCCAAUCUUUUAUGACUUUUCGAAACAUUUGUACAUUGUUUGAACUUAAUCAAGAGAUUUGCAAAAUGGAGUCAAAAAGUUCUUUUUUGGAUCUCAAACUUGGUCCGCUGCAGAAACAACUAUUGAUUCAUGAUAACUUCAAAUUCCCACCAAAUCAAAAUGACAUUCCUCAUAUAACAACAUCUGAUAUUUUUCGACUUAUAUGGAAAAUGCAUAUUGAUUACAAAAAAAAGCAAUGUACAGAUGAAGAACUCUCAGAAAACUCUAGAACUGGGUUAAAAUCUAAGAAACAGCCAAGAGAAAGAGAAAAUGUCGUAUUUUCAUUAUCCGAGUUUAUGGAGUUUCUUAUCAAGCAACAUGGGUUUACACAACCAUAUGAAAGCGGAGUCAAAAUAUCAAGUAUUGCACUAGCAGUUUCUGUUGUCAAAAAAGCUAAGUUUGGAGAUAUACAAAAUGAGCGUGAUCAAAUAAAGUAUUUUAAUGAUCAACUUCAUAAAGAACUUGAUUUAUACUUUGAUCAUAAGUUAAAUGAAAUUGUAAGAUCAAGCAGGCCACAAAACCUUAUAGAGAAAUUAUGUGGAAUGAGGUUGUUUGAUGCUUUCAAAGAAAUUCACACUAUGCUGACUCAUAUGAGACUGGAGGUAUCUAAGUAUUUUUCCAAUGGUUCUUCUUUAUUUAAUGCUUUAGUAUCACGAACAUUAUCUAAAUUUAUGCAGUGCCUAAAAUCUGUUCAGCAAGAUGUGUUUUUAAGUCGUAUCAUUCAUAUAGUGCUUUUAACAGCUCCUCUCAAAGUUAUAGGGUUAGAUGAUAUUGAUAUUCUAAGAUGUUUAGGUUUUGAUGAAACCAUACAAAAGUUGUUAAAAGAGAACAAGAAAGAAAGUUUAAAUGUCAAACAUCAAUCAGGUUAUUCUGUAACUCCAAAAUCCUUGGUAAUAGAAACUGUAAAAAAGUGGCUUUCUCAAAAUACAGACUUUACAAUUGAGUCACUGUUUAGAAUGGAAAGACAGAUAACAUCAGAAAUCAAUGAAAAUUAUGAAUGUUUUAAUGAUCUUGGACAUGGAACAUUUUUAAAGUUUUUAGUUAAUAACGAAAGUAUUAAACAUUUAGUAAAAUUAAAUACUGUUCCAGCAUCGUUUAAUAGCACUUACACAAAAGAAGACGUUUUAAAUUUUACUCAACAAUGUGGAAUGGAAAAAAGCAAUGAUGAUAAAGUCCAAGGAUUGAAAAUACAGUUUAAUGUAAAAGAUCCAUCCUUGUUUUCUGGUUUGUUCAAUGGAAUUCCAACAGAUUGUGUCUUUAUCUAUCAACAUGCUGUUUUGUGUGGGACUGAGUAUCAAAAAGAACUUAUUUCCAAAACUCACUCAGACGAUUCUUUGAUUAAAGUUGCUGUUUCAAAAAUUAAUUCACUGCCUUAUUUGGAGGAGAUAUCACAAUUGACCAAUUGGGAUGAAAUGUUUCAGAAUAAAUUGGGAAACUUAAAGGUGUUUUUACAAUCAAAUUUUUCUUUUAAGGAUGUUCAAUACUUUUUUUUAGAGAUUCAAUCUGGAAAAUUUGUAAAAAUUUUAAAAGACUGUUCAAUUGAACUAUUCGCAGAAGCAUUGGCUUCUACAGAUCCUAAAAGGAUAUCUUUGUGUCUAACCUCUAUAUUAUGUUUGAAUGGCCAAAUUGAUCAUGCACCUUUGACUUUGCUCUCAAAUCGCAUGGAAAUGUUUAUGCAAUCAACUUUUCAAACUUUAAGCAAUACUGAUCAUUUUUUAUUAGACAUCAUUUUAAAGUGCAUUCAUUGGAUUCCAUUUCAUAUUCUCUGUUGUGUGUUUAGAAAGAUGUUUUUGUCUCCAUUAUCUACAAUAUAUGGCAGCCAAAAUGUGCCUCACUUACUCUUAAAAGUUUGUACUAAUAACUCAACUUUCAGAAGUAGAAUUCAUGCUCUUGGUUUUCAACUACAUGUUGCUGAGUGGAUUGAAGAUUACAAUAAGCAGUUGAAUAAUAUCCAAGUUGAUACACCAACUAUUUUAGAUGACACUAUCAAGACCAAUCUUAAAGUUCUUCAGAUUCAAAAUACUGAUUCUGUUUUUCAGGAUGUUUCAACCGUUUCAUUGAUGGUAGAUUCUUUGGAUUCGACUGCAAUAUUAAAAACAGGUCAAGAAGAAGUUUUACAUGAAUGGCUUACAAGUGAUGUUCAAAAUGACCAUUGUCAUAAAAUUAUUAAUGUUAUUCGUCGCGAACAGUUUGGAAUUGGACUUGAGCUUGGAGAACAGGAGAAAAAACUAAUUGAAAUUCACAGAGAAAGAGAAGGAAGAUCAUUACAGCGUCUUUCAAAUGAGUUGUAUUCAAAAGAUUCUCAUUUUGUGUUAGAGUUAAUCCAAAAUGCUGACGAUAACCAAUAUAUUGAAAACAGCAAUAAUGAAAAGCCUACUGUAGCCUUUAUAGUAGAGCAUGAUCAGAUUAUAAUAUUGAACAAUGAAAAAGGUUUUUCUGAAAGUAAUAUAAAAGCUUUAUGUGAUGUUGGAAAAAGUACAAAAGGAAUUCAUCGUAAAGGUUAUAUAGGUCAAAAAGGGAUUGGUUUCAAGUCAGUUUUUCGUGUCACUGAUAUGCCUGAGAUACACUCAAAUGGUUAUCAUAUCAAGUUUGAUGCUUCUAGUGGUUCAAACGGUUAUAUUCUUCCAAAUUGGAUUUAUGAUUGGAAUUCAGAUCAAAGAUCUACUUAUCAACCUUGCGAAUCUAGAAAUUAUGGCUGGAAAACACAGAUUGUCUUGCCUUUAAAGAAAGAAAUGCAGCAUUCAAAACUUAUUUCACGGUUUCAUGACAUUCAUUCUUCUUUGUUGCUGUUUCUUAAUCGUUUACAUACAAUAAUCAUUGAUGACAAGGUAUCAAACAUUAUGAAAGUAAUGGAAAGAGAACAUGUAGAAAAAAAUAUUGUUCGGCUCUCUAAUAACAAUGAUUCUCGUUUAUGGUUUGUGGUUGAAAAAGAAAUACCUAUAGAUGUCCGUGAAGAUGUUAAAUCAACAAAUAUUGCAUUUGCAUUUCCAUUUAACAACAAAUUGAAAACUGAGGCACUUCCUGCUCAACAAGUCUUUGCAUUUUUACCAUUGAGAAGCUACGGAUUUAAGUUUAUUAUACAAGCUGAUUUCGAAGUACCAUCUUCUCGGGAAGAUAUUAACAAAGAUAGUGCAUGGAAUCAGUAUAUUUUACAACAACUCCCAAAAUUAACUGUUGAAGCUUUUCAUUCUUUUAAAGUUCAUCAAUACUUCAAAGGUUUAGAAGGUGUUAUUGAGUAUUUGAAAUUUAUGGAUCUUGAGGACAACGUGUUUGGUGUGUUUAAGCAAGUCAGUCAGCAAAUGAUAAAGUCUUUACAGCGUGAAGCAUGUUUACCUGUUAUACCUAGAAAUAUAGAGAAUGACAAAGUUUUAAGUUGGGUGAUUCCAAAACACAUAGUCUUUUCUCAACAAGAAAUUUAUAAAGUGAUCUCUCCUGAAAUACUUCAAGAAAAACUUGGUCUUUAUUAUUUGAAUAAUGAUAUUGACUGUACUGCAUUAAAGCGGGUGUUAACCUCUUUAGGUGUAUGUGAGCUUAAUUUUGAACAGCUAAUAGAAGUUUGCAAACUGGUAGUACAAGAGUUUAGCUCAUCUUCGCAACAAAUCAAGAAUCCAGAUAAAAUACAGCAAUGGAUCGGAAAAUGGCUUCACCUAGUAUAUAGAAGCCUUCAAAAUUCUUGUGAUUGUAGUCAAAAAACAUUUGAUAUUAUACGUUCUUUACAUAUUUUUCCUAUGACAAAUGGAAGUAUGAUGUCUCUUAAAGAAAAUGUUGCUUUUUUUCCAGUUUAUGACAUACCAAAACAUGGAAAGAAGAAGAAAGAUAAAAGGAUGUUAGAUUUGAUAGAAAAUGAUUUAAAUAUUUUAUCUUCCAACUUAAUGGAAUCACUGGAUCAUAUUGAACAAGAGCAAGUUAAAAAGCUUAUGUGUGACUUGGGUGUGAAAUAUAUUACUCCUUCUGACCUUAUUCAUAACCACAUUAUUCCUUCUUUUAAAUCAGGACUUUGGAAGAGCAAACCUGAAAAACUUGUAGUUGCUUAUGUUGUUUAUCUUGAAGGUCAGUAUAGAGCACAACCUGAUAUAUUUGACAUCGCUGAAGUUUCUCAAUUGGUUAUGCUAAUGACAAAUAAAGGGUUUCGAUCUCCUCUGGAUCAAUCUAAUCCAAUAUAUCUGACACCUCAAUAUGGAAAUGAAAUUAAUUUAAAAUUAUUUUUUCCUUCUGGUGAUUGGACGUUAAUUGAUGAUUGCUAUAUUUCUGGUUGUUCACAAAAAGAAAAAGAUGCCAUGCUAAGCUUUAUGUUGUCAUUGUCUUUAAAAAAAAGUUUUUUUAUUCGAAAAUCAAUUAAAAGUUUACAUGUGUCAGAUUUGAUUGGAAGUUGUUGGAAUUCAUAUUUUCAAACAUGGGAUAAAACACCAGAUGAGACCUACGUUCUUCAUGAUCUUGAAUGUCCUGAGUUAAACCAAAUUAUUGAUGCCCAAGUUUUGAAUGAAAUCCAAAAAUUUUUACUCAUUUUAGAUCAGCAUUGGAAUGCAGAGUUUUCAAAGUAUGACUUAUCAAGACCAUCUUGUCUUGUUGAAAGCACUUCUGGACAUUUUGUUGCCACAACAUAUUCUUCGUUACUCCUUAAGAUGAGAUUAUCAAAAUGGUUACCAGACAACCUAGAAAUACCAAAAUUACAUCAACCAAUAAAUCUCUAUAUUAGUAAUGAUAAAAUACUUUCUUUAAUGGGAAAAAAAGUGAAUUACUUAUCAAAUCAAGUGAAGUGCAAAGAUCUCAUUCUUAGUCUUGGUGUACAAACUGAUAUAAAGUUUGAAUCUUUUGUCAAAGAAUUCCAGUCUUGGAGAGAAGAAUCAUUGUUUUCUACAAGCUAUGAUCAUUCAAUAAAUAUUUACAAAUAUUUUGAGAAGCAGCAGUUAGGUUAUUCUAACAUAAUUAAUGAACUUAAGCAAUAUCCUUUAGUAUUUUUACCACACGAUCAAAAAGCUCAAACAUUUUCAAAUAGCACUUCUGUUUUAGAGGGAAAAUUUUGCUUAGUUAAUAAUUUGUGCUGGGAGGAUCCUUCAGGAAUACUCAGUAAUUUCAAAGAUGAAAUUGCUAUUAGGCGCACUCUUAACAGUUAUUAUCCUAAGGAUUUGCUCAACUUUUUUGUCAACAAGUUAGGAGUUAAUAGAUAUCCUAGCAUCCAAGAGUAUAUCAAUCUUGCAAGUUCCAUUGCUAGCAAAACGGUUUUACCUGAUAAAGUUGCAUGUGAAAAGCUAUUCAAUUUGUUUUCUGUUCUUGGUCACAUGUUUAUUAUAAACAGUAAACUUAAAGAGUUGAAUGAAUUGAGUUUUUCAGAAUCGGCUGAAGAACGUAAGCAACAAUACGAAGAUCUUGCAUUAUUUAUUGAUCCACAGUUGAUGCAUGUUCAUGGCAAGGAUAUUAUGGAGGAACAUAUAUUUCCAACGUCUAACAACACUUUCUGUUGUGUAUCUGAACUUCCUCUUCUGGCUGAAUAUAAUAGCCUUUCAAAGGUUUUUCAAGAAAGUAGACAAGUGCCAUUAAUUUUCUUUGAUUCUGUUUUAAACAUGAUAAAUAUAAGCAACACAAAACGCAUAACAGAUUCUUGUCUCUUGAAAUUUUUUAAGAUUAUGAUUUUUUUCAAAGCUUGUGGUAUUAGACUCCUUUCAGAUGUUUUUAUGGAGCCUGAAAUUACUACAACAUUUAUAGAAAGAGGUUGCUCAAAGUGGGAAAAGACUCUUCACGACAUCUCUCCGAUAGUUCAACGUUAUUUAAAAGCAAAGAUACCUUUAGUUUAUAAACAACUUUGCUCGAAGGAUUUUCAUACGUACUUGCAAAAUUCGACCAUAUUUACUGUAGAAAAACUUGAAGUUGUUUACCGACUCUCCGACCGAAACAGUGUAAAUAUUUCUCAAGUAAAAAUAGCUUUAGUAUUAGAUGCUGAAGCAAAACAUGCAACCGUCUAUAUUACUUCAGAGUAUGCUGAAGAAAAAUCAAAGUUCGAAAAUAUACUUGAUGAAAUUUUAAGUUUAUUUGUAGGUAGUAAUGAGAAAUAUAAGGAAGAGUUGCUUGAUUUUGUUCUCACGUAUUUAACGGUAAAAAAUAAAGACGAAUGUCUAAAGCGCAAGAAUAUACCUGAGAUUUCUCCUCCUGAGAAAAUAUGGCAUUACUCUGAGCCUAAAUUAAUCAAAUUUAGUCAUCAAAUAGUUCCAGUAGUAAAAGAGUUACCAAUUGAAAAUGCUUCGUUAUCUGUCGAAAAUAAAGGGUUAACAUGUUGGCCUCCACGUAAUCCUGCUGGUUCAGGUUUCGUUGCGAAGCCAGAAUCUUUAAAAAAUGCUGAAAAAGAAGUUCAUGAGAAAUGGAAGGCUCCUGUGUACCCUGAAUGUGCUGAAAAUAAUCAUUUGGUAGAACCUAUGGCUAAUCAAUCACUGGAAAGAAAUUAUAAUACUCUUUCGGAGAAAACAAAGACUGAAUCAGAUAAUUUAGUAGUUAAUCAAAAUUUUAAUUUUAAGAACGAAACAUUAAACAACUUGCAACAAAUAAAUUCUUUAGGUGGUCAAUCAUGUUUACCACCCAACUCUGACAAAGUUUGCAAUUUACCUUCUAACCGAGUUCCAGUUUAUAGUGUAAUCUGCGAUGAAAAAUUAAAUCAAUGGAAAAAAUGGAAUCAAGUAAACCAAACAAUGAAACCACAUAAUGAGCAAUUGGCUUUUAGAAAUAAAAAUAACUUUAGCUGUGGCAAACUAAACGCAUGCAAUUUUGAAAAGUUUGAAAAUCCUGUCAUAGAAGACCAGUAUGAAGACCUGCCUAUAAUCAUUCAAGAUAAUUUAAAAGAUUUUGAAAAAUCAAAGUUUGAUAAAGAAAAAUCUGAUAGAAGCGGAUAUUUUGGCGAGUUUAUUGUUUAUCGCCAUAUUGAGGAAACUUAUAAAGAUGACAUUACAAAAGGCAAGGUAAAAAUAUUCUGGCUUAAUGAAAAAGAAGAGACAGGCGAUCCUUAUGAUAUUAAAAUAGAGUUUACUGACCAGAAUGUAGAAUCAGAAAGUUCAAAUAUAAAGUGUAUAUAUAUUGAAGUAAAAACGAGCUAUUUGGAUGGAAAAAAGGAGUUUGAGAUCUCAGCUAACCAGCUUCGGUUUGCUUUUGACCAACAAGCAAGUUUUCAUCUGUAUCGUGUAACAGGUUUAAACGAAAAUCUUAGAAUAAGACGUUUAGUUAAUUUGUCAAUGUACAUGGAUAGCAAGUCUGUUCAACUUUUUAUGGUACUAUAACGUUUUUAAUGUGAUUGCAAUUUUGAACAGUUAUGUACUUUCAAACUAUUGCAUUUUAACGAGUUUCAAAUAUCAUUUUUAACGAAUAUGUAUUGUAGCUACAAUACUAUUUUUUAUUUUUUUAUAACCUCUUUACUUAUUGAUUUAUUUUUUAACGCCUAAAAAAGUUUUAAAUUUAAAUCUUCAGUUAUAAACUUUUUUUGUGCUUGUUAGUUCUCAACUGACGAUAUUUCAUUUAUUGGCAGCUAAAGCUGUUUUUAUAAUAUUUUAAAUUUUAUUAUUUCUUUUCGCGUAAUAACUAGUUUAAAGAAAUAUAUCGUCGAAGAAAUUUUUAUAUUAUAUAUUACAGAUUUUUAAUUUUAUUUGUAACCUUUUUAUUAGUUUAUUGCAAAUAGCUGAUAAAAUUUGAUGAAUAACAUUCAGUUUUAUGUAA